AUGAGCGCACCCACCGGCAAGAACCCCAGCUUCGUCCUGCAAUCCGUCAAAUCCGUCGCCUUUGAGGACCGGCCCGUCCCCUCGAUCCAGAACCCGAACGACGUGUUGAUCAAGAUCGAAGUGACCGGAAUCUGCGGCAGCGAUGUGCACUACUGGCAACACGGCUCGAUCGGCUCAUUCAUCCUCAAGGCGCCAAUGGUUCUCGGCCACGAGUCCUCGGGCACGAUCGUCGCCGUGGGGCCCUCCGUCACCUCACUCUCGAUCGGCGACCGCGUCGCGCUCGAGCCCGGAAUCCCGUGCCGGCACUGCGCCUUCUGCAAAGCGGGCACGUACAAUCUCUGCGUGGACAUGAAAUUCGCGGCGACGCCGCCGUACGACGGGUCGCUGGCGAAGUACUACGUUCUCCCCUCCGACUUCUGCGUGAAGCUCCCCUCAAACGUGUCGUUCGAGGAGGGCGCGCUCGUCGAGCCCCUCAGCGUCGGUGUGCACGUGUGCAAGCUUGCGGACGUGCGGCCGGGCGAGAGCGUCGUCGUGUUUGGUGCCGGGCCGGUCGGGCUGCUGUGUGCGGCGGUCGCGAGGGCCUUCGGCGCCACGAAGGUUGUUGUGGUCGACAUCGUACAGGCCAGACUCGACUUCGCGAAGGGGUACGCCGCCACCGGGGUGUUCAAUGGAAUGUUCUCCCGCGACCCGAAGGAGAAUGCCAAGAAGAUUAAAGAGGAGUUUGGAUUGGGCUUCGGAGCCGAUAAGGCGAUUGAUGCGAGUGGAGCCCCCGCUUGCAUUCAGGCUGCGAUCCACACGCUGAGGCAUGGAGGCACGUUCGUACAGGCGGGCAUGGGGCCCGCGGAAAUCAUGUUCCCGAUCGUUGAGGUUGCGGCCAAGGAGGUCACUGUUAAGGGCAGCUUUAGGUACGCGACUGGAGACUAUAAGCUCGCCGUUGAGUUGAUCGCCGCCGGGAAGGUCGAGGUGCAGAGUCUGGUCACGGGCAGGUGGGCGUUUAAGGACGCGGAGAAGGCGUUUGAGGAGACGCUGGGCGGGAAGGGGAUUAAGGUGCUCAUCAAGGGACCGGAGUAG